GGUGCAAACCAAUCUCUUUCAAGGUUUUAUUGCCAAAGCUUUACCCUAGGUUCACAUCUGUGUGGGUGGUGCUGCUGCGGAUCUGAACAAAAAUCCGUGCAGCUGCACUACCCACACAGAGAAAUGGGUGCAAUGACUGGUAUGUGGUCAGGGGCAGGGGCGGACUGACCAUUUGGAAACUCAGCCACUGCCUGAGGGCCCGGGGUCAGUAGGGGCCCCAUGAGAUGCCCCUGGUACGCUUUUUGUUUUUUUUUUCAUAGACUUUUCUGAGUUUGGGCAAGGGCACAGGGGCCCCAUGAUCCCCUAUUGCCCGGGGCCCCAUGAGUUGUCAGUCCGCCCCUGGUCAGGGGUUCAAU